UCCUUUAAAGCUUUAUCAAAUAUUUGUAAUCGAAACGUGCCUACAUUUGUCGCCUUGAUGAUGCGUCUGGUGCGUCCGUCGUCGGUCUCGUCGCGCGUUCCUCCGCACCGUCACACCUGAGUCGCUCAUUUUCGGGGUACUAUGGUGAAGUGGCAUUAGCGCGGACACGCGGAAAUAUGCGGUUGGCGACGGGAUAGGCGAAACAACACGCUCAUCGUCGGACGACUCCUCUCGUUUUGGCUAUGUCGUACUUGAUAAGCGAAGAAUGGGUUGCAUCAAUAGCAGGGCAGACAUCAACGAUCUGCAUCCGAACGUCUUUCAAGUUAUGAACGUGGAUGACCUGGGCAACUCGAUCACUCCCGGACGACUGGAGGUCACCGAUGUGGAGCUCAUAUUGUACCAGCGCGGCAAGCAACCGAUCAAGUGGUCACUGCGCUGCUUACGCCGGUAUGGAUACGACGCGAGUAUAUUCAGCUUCGAAUCAGGCAGACGUUGCUUCACCGGCCCCGCCAUAUAUGCCUUCAAGUGUCAGAGAGCCCAGCAGUUGUUUAAUCUCGUGCAGAGGAACAUUCAGACGUUCGACAACGGCGGAGACGACGCGUUGUCAGACCUCCCGCUCGGCUACCAUCCUGCUGCGCCAUUAACCAGCACCAAUAGAUCAUGCAGAGUGACAAUACCAGAAGAGCCUAAUUACUUGGACCCGACACCAACUAGAAGUAACAACCGUACGGGUUCUAGAUUCUCUCACAGCCAGCAGAACGGUGUCGCUAGGUCGAGCAGCGUCGGCAGCAGCAGCGGCCCUCUGUCACCCCAGGAGACCAUGGGAUCACCCUCGCCACCCCCUAUAUCGAUACCGUCGUCGAUUUCGCAGACCCAUCCGUCCUCCCUUUACAUCAAUGAAGAAGUCUGGUCGUCCACCCCCGUGGAGCGUAACAAUAACAAGAGCUUCGGCAGCGCGAUGCAGAGAUCGCUGCAGCUCACCGGCACGGCCAGCAAGAGCCUGGCGUCCGACAGCGGUAUCGUGGAAACGGAAUUGAUAUCCAUUCAGAACAACAACGCGGAGGCCGGCAGCCAGCAGGACGCGGCGUCGCAGCCACCGUUACCGGUGGCGCCUUACGUGAACAUCGACAUCUGCGGCGAGAGCAAUCCGAUCACGUCGACGCAGAGUAUCUCGGAGUCGACUUCGCCCAAGGAGGAGAACCAGGAAGCGGCUGAAUCGGAAUCCUCCUCCGAGCACGAGUACAUGAACGUCGGUCCCGGGCGGGAGUGCAUCGAGAACGACGUCAUCAGGGUGCCGCCGCCUCCGUUGCCCGUCUUACCCUUCCUACAGUCGGAGGCGGACGUGGAGGACGGCAACAAGCAUUACUACUCCAACCUGGACCCGAGCGAGAUCGAGAGCCUGCGGAACCGAUACUCCGGCGCCUCGGUGGCCGAGAAGUCGCCCCUGCCCCCGUCCACGCCGACCAGCUCAUGCCCGAUCAGGGAGGUGAAUUACGCCGUUCUGGAUCUGGACAUAAAGGACAUGCCCGUGACCGACACGUCCGAGAGCGCGGCGAGCUCCGCGCCGCCGCUGCCGCCGCAGUCGCCGAACAAGCCGCAGAAGGGCUACGCCACGAUAGACUUCAACAAAACGACCGCACUCUUGAACUCGACGAAUCUCAAGAACGACAACGAGGGCUCCAGGAAGACCCGUCACAACUCCACGAUAAGCGACCUGACGGUGCAGUACAAGCACAACUCGUCAGUGAUGUCGUACCGAAGAUCGCCGAGGAGGCCAAGAUGUGCAGAGGGCUCCGGCCCUGGUGAUCCUUGAUGUUCACUAGUCCCGCCUUCGCCAGCAGCUCCAGCGUCUUCAGGGCCGCGUCGAAGUUGUGGUGAAGGGAUUUCAGCGGCGUGUGAGCG